UACACACUGGACGCCAGCGUUUCUUCGAAUGAUUUGGUUGAGGUCCGUUUUAGAAUCAGACCAAUGUUAGAAGUAUGUGGUAUUAGAGGAAAGAUGGAUUAUUGUCAGGAAAAAGUCCAUUCAUAGUGAUGUUUGUAGGUAAUCGCAUCCAUGCCAGGAGAGGCACAUUUAGGUACGCACACUAACACAUGCUGAUACACAAUAUAAUGGCUGACAGCUGGAGGUGAGAUAACAAGCUGGUUACGAUGCUAUGAUGUACUACACUGUGGAAUUCCAGCAUGCUCCAUCCAGCACUGGGAAUGACUGAUCAUUGUUACCCAUGCAGAGAGUGAAUUUCACUGACGCUUGAGCUCCUCAUAAUAUGGACUGAAAGGCAGAAGUAAAGAUGACAGAGCGUUAUGACUGCCACUACUGCAAGGAGUCUCUGUUUGGGAAGAAGUAUGUCCUUCGUGAGGAAAACCCAUACUGUGUGAAGUGCUAUGAGAGUCUGUACUCCAACACCUGUGAGGAGUGCAAGAAACCCAUCGGCUGCAACAGCAGGGAUCUGUCCUACAAGGACCGUCACUGGCACGAGGACUGUUUUCACUGCUUCCAGUGCAAGCGCUCACUGGUGGACAAGCCUUUCUCCACCAAAGACGAGCAGCUGCUGUGCACCGAGUGCUAUUCUAAUGAGUACUCCUCCAAAUGCCAUGAGUGCAAGAAGACCAUCAUGCCUGGCUCCAGGAAGAUGGAGCAUAAAGGAAACAGCUGGCAUGAGACCUGCUUUACCUGCCAGCGCUGCCAGCAGCCAAUUGGCACCAAGAGCUUCAUCCCCAAAGACAACCAUAACUACUGCGUGCCCUGCUACGAAAAGCAGUUUGCCAUGCAGUGUGUUCACUGCAAGAAGCCCAUCACCACUGGCGGUGUGACGUACCAUGACCAGCCGUGGCAUAAGGACUGUUUCUUGUGCACUGGCUGUAAGCAGCAGCUGUCUGGACAGCGCUUCACCUCUCGUGAUGACUUUGCCUACUGCCUUAACUGCUUCUGCAACUUGUAUGCCAAGAAAUGUGCCUCCUGCACCACCCCCAUCAGUGGACUCGGAGGAAGCAAGUACAUCUCCUUUGAGGAGCGCCAGUGGCACAACGACUGUUUCAACUGCAAGAAGUGCUCAGUGUCUCUGGUGGGCAGAGGCUUCCUCACCGAGAGAGAUGACAUCCUGUGUCCUGAGUGUGGCAAAGACAUCUGAAAGAGUGCAUAGAAAAAUUCAAGCAUGCAUGACAGUUAAAAUGUUAAACCAAAGUAUUGGCAAAGCAUGAAACAGUGUGAGCAAUGAAAACUUUUAGGUACUCCAUGGAAACAUAGUAAACGUUGUAG